AUGGAGGAUCUUCCUGAUAAUUUUACUGACAGGCCUGAUGCUUUUAUGGGAGAAUCAGGUUCAACGUACCUACAAAAGCCACGACGAAACUCUGGGACUAUGGUUACGGAAAAACUCUCCGCGCUGAAUAAACAGAACGAGACUUGCCAAGCCGGAAAUGACGCUUCCAAAGUGCGAAGACAUUCUGAGUACCCAAAGACAGCCAAAAAGUUGGAUUCGGGGUCGAUCAUUAGCGACAAAACAGAGUCUACCCAGUCAACCGUCGAUACCCAAAAGAGCCCAACAUUGGCCAACCGACAGAAAGUCAGCCUGCAGCGAGAGGAUGCCAAAUUUAUGGCCGAGCGACCGGGAGAUUGGCUUAAUGGAGGCGAGGGGGGAGAGGCCAUUGUCGAGAGCUACAUGCAAAGCCCAAAGACGAAAUUGAGGUCCUCUUGGCUAAAAAGCAGCGGUGACACAAGCCAGAGUCUGCGUGAUUUGACGGCUUUGCCUUUGGCUGAUGAUAAGCACGACAAGCUACACGCAAGCGAAUCAAAGCUCAGCUCGGAACCAGUUCAACGUCGUAAAACGAGUUCAAAGGUGAUGGAGAAGCUAUCAGCUCUCAACCAGCAGAAUGAAGAAAAUCACCAUAAGAACGAAGGACUUGCAGUUCACAAGGGCACAAAAUCAGCAAAACCGCCACGGCCCAAAGCCAAGAAGGCAGAUCAAAAGGGAGGAGAAAAAGGACAAUCCACUCCAACAUCUAGCAAAGAGAAGGUCAAGUUCCAGCAAAAUGAACACCUGUACAUGGCAGAAAGGCCAACAACCUGGAAUGGAGGUGAAGGUGAAGAGGUGGCGCACUCCUAUCUGCAGAAACCAAAGACCAAGCUCAAGGACUCUUGGCUCAAGGAUGGAUCUGGAACUGGCAUGAGCCAAAGCAUGAGAGAUUUAUCCACUGAUGGAAAACAGAAUGAUGACAUGAAUGCCAGUGACUCACAGCUCUUUUCGGCAAGGAGAAGACAGACCAGCCCAAUGGUAAUGGAGAAGUUGCUUGACCUCAACAAGCAAAAUGAGGAGAACCACAAAAAGAAUGAAGAAAUUGAUCCUUGGGUUGCGAGCAUUGGCAAGAGUCCACCAGCCAAAGUUUGGAAGCCCCCAAAGAAGGCUGACGAGGCCCAUGAAGAAGCUAAGACAGAUCAGGUCUCUCCAAAAGCCAGCAGCAAAGACAAGGUCAAGUUCCAGAAAGAUGAAAACUUGUACAUGGCAGAGAGACCAACUACCUGGAACGGAGGUGAAGGUGAAAAGGUGGCGCUCUCCUAUCUGCAGAAACCAAAAACCAAGCUCAAGGAUUCUUGGCUCAAGGGUGGAUCUGGAAGUGGCAUGAGCCAAAGCAUGAGAGAUUUGUCGACAGAUGAAAAGCACAAUGACGACAUGAAUGCCAGUGACACACAGCUCUUCUCGGCAAGGAGAAGACAGACCAGCCCAAUGGUAAUGGAGAAGUUGCUUGACCUCAACAAGCAAAAUGAGGAGAACCACAAAAAGAAUGAAGAAAUAGAUCCUUGGGUUGCGAGCAUUGGCAAGAGUCCACCCGCCAAAGUUUGGAAGCCCCCAAAGAAGGCUGACGAGGCCCAUGAAGAAGCCAAGACAGAGCAGGUCUCUCCAAAAGCCAGCAGCAAAGACAAGGUCAAGUUCCAGAAAGAUGAAAACUUGUACAUGGCAGAGAGACCAACUACCUGGAACGGAGGUGAAGGUGAAGAGGUGGCGCUCUCCUAUCUGCAGAAACCAAAGACCAAGCUCAAGGAUUCUUGGCUCAAGGGUGGAUCUGGAAGUGGCAUGAGCCAAAGCAUGAGAGAUUUGUCGACAGAUGAAAAGCACAAUGACGACAUGAAUGCCAGUGACACACAGCUCUUCUCGGCAAGGAGAAGACAGACCAGCCCAAUGGUAAUGGAGAAGUUGCUUGACCUCAACAAGCAAAAUGAGGAGAACCACAAAAAGAAUGAAGAAAUUGAUCCUUGGGUUGCGAGCAUUGGCAAGAGUCCACCAGCCAAAGUUUGGAAGCCCCCAAAGAAGGCUGACGGGGCCCAUGAAGAAGCCAAGACAGAUCAGGUCUCUCCAAAAGCCAGCAGCAAAGACAAGGUCAAGUUCCAGAAAGAUGAGAACUUGUACAUGGCGGAGAGACCAACUACCUGGAACGGAGGUGAAGGUGAAGAGGUGGCGCUCUCCUAUCUGCAGAAACCAAAGACCAAGCUCAAGGACUCCUGGCUCAAGGGUGGAUCUGGAAGUGGCAUGAGCCAAAGCAUGAGAGACUUGUCUACAGAUGAAAAGCACAAUGACGACAUGAAUGCCAGUGACACACAGCUCUUCUCGGCAAGGAGAAGAAAGACUAGCCCAAUGGUAAUGGAGAAGCUGCUUGACCUCAACAAGCAAAAUGAGGAGAACCACAAAAAGAAUGAAGAACUGGACCCUGGAGCAGUCAGUGUGGAAGCAACCAAAGUGUGGAAGCCUGUCAAACAAUCAAAUACAGCAGACGACGAGGAACAAGGGGCACAAGAUGAAUCAGGAGGUCAGUCGUAUACGCCCAACAACCAGGAGAAGAUUAAGCUUCAGAGGGAGGAUGUUGCCCACUUGGUUGCCAGGCCUGUUGCGUGGAUGGGUGGUGAAGGAGAAGAAGCACAACCAUAUUCUCUCACACAUGCAAGCCCCAAGGCCAAGCUCAAAGAUUCGUGGCAAAAAAGUGACGCCAGCGGUGGCAAAAUGGAAGGCCUGAAGAUUGACUCUUUGGUAGAUUCUUGA